GAUUCCGCGUGAGAUUCACUUCGCUCCCCUAGCAAAACCGGUAGCGAAGUAGCAAAUCGACGGCCGUUCGCGGUUCGAUGGCCGCCGUCGUCCCCAUCCCCGCCUUCUCCCACGCCGCGAAGUUACCCUCCCUCAGUCGAUCUCCCCACCACCACCACCUCCAGUUUCCGCCUCCGCACCACCUCCUCCGCCUCGCCGCCGACCGUCGGGACCUCGCUCUCGGGCGCGCCCUCCACGCCGCCAUCCUCAAAUCCACCGACAACGACGACACCCGCCUUGGAAACGCCCUCAUCUCCAUGUAUCUCGACCUCGGCCGCCUCCCCGACGCCCGCAAGGUCUUCGCCUUGUUGCCGUCGCCCAACGUCGCUUCCUUCUCCUCCUUGAUAUCUGCGUACGCCAAGGCCGGACGGCCGCUCCGUGCCGCCGGCUUUUUCUUCCGGAUGAGGAUGCUCGGUGUUGAACCGAACGAGUUUAGCUUCGUCGCUAUCUUGACGAGUUGCAUCAGGGAGUUGAAUUUCCGACUCGGGUCUCAAGUUCACGCCUUUGCCGUGAAAACCAACCACUGUUCCUGCGUAUAUGUAGGCAACGCGCUUAUUGCUGUGUAUGUCAAAUGUGGGUGCGCCACUGCCGCCGAGAAGCUGUUUGAUGAAAUGAUUGAGAGAGAUGCAUCGUCAUGGAACACACUUAUCUCGGGUAUGAUCGAGAAUGGUAGAUAUGCUGAAGCGUUUGAGCACUUUAAUUUUAUGCAGUUUGAAGGACAUCGCGCUGAUGGCUUCUCCUUGUCCACCCUUUUGACGGCUGCUUCAGAUGGCCUUGGUGGUACAGAAGGAAAAGCAAUUCAUGCUUAUGCUGUUAAAACCGGUUUGGAUUUGAAUUUAAGUGUAGGAAAUGCUUUGGUUUCGUUCUACACUCAGUUCGGUUCUAUAGAAGAUGUGGCUGAUGUCUUCGAGAGAAUGCCUACAAAAGAUGAUAUAUCUUGGACUGGGAUGCUUAAUGCGUUUAUGGAAUUUGGUUUAGUUGAAUCUGCUGUUCAGGUUUUUGAUCAAAUGCCUGAGAGGAAUUGUGUGACUUAUAAUGCUCUUUUAGCUGGUUUUUGCCAUAAUAGAGAAGGUUCUCGAGGUCUAGAAAUUUUUCAGUUGAUGUUGCUAAAUGGCUUGGAGAUUUCAGAUUUUACGCUGACUAGUGCUAUGAACGCUUGUGCCUUGGUCACUGAUAUGAAGAAGAGUGAGCAGAUUCAUGCUUUCUUGAUUAAAUCUGGCUGCAAAUUGAGUGCUUGGAUUGAAGCUGCUUUACUUGAUAUGUGUUCUAAAUGUGGUAGGAUUCAUGAUGCUCGGGAGAUGUUUACGAGUUUGGUCCAUGAAGAGAACUUUCAGCUGGCUUGGACUUCUCUUAUGUGUGCUUAUUCUAGAAACGGGCAGCAUAAUGAAGCUUUGUCUCUUUUUCAACUAGGGAUAGUGAGACAUGACCUAAUGAUUAUGGAUGAAUUCUUGUACUCAGCAGUCCUUGCAUUAUGUGGUACCCUAGGUUUUGCAGAAAUGGGGCAGCAAAUUCACUGUGUCAUUGUUAAGUCUGGUGUAUUAUCUGAUCUAGAAGUUGGGAAUGCUCUGUUCAGUAUGUAUGCCAAGUGUGGGAACUUGGAAGAUUCCAUUACUCUCUUUAGCCAAAUGCCUCAGCAUGACAUUGUGUCAUGGAACACAUUACUAACAGCUCAUCUUCUUCACCGACAGGGAGAUAAUGCUUUGGAUGCAUGGCAAAGGAUGGAAAACUUUGGCGUGAUGCCCGAUGGUAUCACCUUUCUCUUGAUUAUUUCAGCAUGUAGAUAUACUAGCUCAAACUCCAUUGAGACCAGUCACAGACUAUUUCAAUUGAUGGAGAACUCUUACAGCAUUACUCCGACAUCAGAACACUACUCGGCCAUGGUAGAUGUUUUGGGUUAUUGGGGUUCCUUUGCUGAAGCGGAGCAUCUGAUACAGAACAUGCCCUUGAAACCUGACACAUCAGUUUGGCGAGCUUUGCUUGAUAGUUGUAGGUUGAGAUCAAAUGUGAGCUUAGGGAGACAGGCAGUGCAAUCCCUUCUGGCAUCAGAACCUCAAGAUCCAUCUACAUAUGUUCUCGUUGCAAAUCUUUAUUCGGCUUCUGGGAGGUGGCAUUGCUCAGAAAAGGUGAGGCAGGAAAUGCAAGAAAAGGGCCUGCGGAAGAUCCCUGUAAGAAGUUGGAUUAUUCAUCAGAAUGAAGUGCAUUCGUUCUAUGCGAGAGAUAGAUCACAUUCACAAUCGAAAGACAUCUAUAGUGCACUGGAAAUACUUGUUCAGGCAUGCAUGAAAGCAGGGUAUGAGCCAGACACAUGUUUUGUGCUUCAUGAAGUGGAAGAGUAUCAAAAGUUGAACUUCCUCUUCUAUCACAGUGCAAAACUGGCAGUUUCAUAUGGGCUUCUAAUGGCACGGCCAGACCGUCCAGUGAAGGUGGUGAAGAACAUCCAUCUUUGUGGCGACUGUCACAUGUUUCUCAAAUAUGUAUCUUUGGUAACCAGUCGAGAGAUCUUGGUGAGGGAUACGUCAGGGUUUCACCAUUUGAAGAGCGGUGUUUGCUCCUGUGGAGAUUAUUGGUGAUGUUGCACCUGCGUGUAUUUGUUGUAUUGAAGUUGUGCAGAUAUAUAAAAGCUGUAGUCUGUUGCAAUUUUCAGUAGGUUAUAAACCGGUUCUUUUGCCUAAUUUGUGAGACUACUAAUUGAUGUGUAUAUGAAAUCUAAUACGAGAAAACAGUGCCAUCAUGAAAUGGAGGACGCAUGAUUGAGUUUCCUUCUGAACAACCACUCAUCCAUCAUGGAUCUGAAGCCUUUAACUAAGAUUUUCGUUUGAUGUCAAAUCUAGGAUCAAAUGACACUUAUAUGACACCAGUUGAAGGUUAGAAGGGGUGAAUAGAUAAUGAUGAAAUUUGGUGGCUUGAUGACUCAGAAGUUGCUCGGCAGAUUGAUAACUCAGAAGCGGCUUGGUCACCUUUGGAUCAACGACUCAAGAAGCAGAUCUAUGACUCUGAAGCUUUAGUUGAUUGAGGUGUCGAGUGGCAGCAAAUGAACCAAGAAUAAGUAACAUUACAUCCAAAAGGCCACGAAGAAUACUAGUGAACGAAGGAGCAGGCUGACUACGUGGCAAAUGACAAAGCAGAGUUCCAUCUGUUGAGCAUCCUACUGCCACAAGAAGUCAACCGGAUCGGCGCCUACAACUUAGCAAAGGAGCUUUGGGAGAAGUUCCUUAAGCUACACAAAGAGACGUCCGAAGCCAAACUCACGAGAUGAGACUUACUUUGCAACCAGCUCACCAACCUUCGAUUUGAAGAAGAUGAAUCCAUUGCACACCUUCAUUUGAGGAUUAAGGAUCUCAUCACCAGACUUUCGAAUCUCGGAGAAAAGGAACCAAAUGCACGAGAGCAUGCAUGGCUUUUAGUGGCUCUUCUACAUCACCACUGAAAGCCACAGCCACUAAGUGACCCAUUUAGAAGAGCCAAAUGGUGACGGUCCCUUUUUGUCAUGGAUUGAGACAAUGGCAGAUGGUAAGCAUAGGACACUCGACAUGGCAAAAAGGAGGCAUAUUUGUGCAAUGAACCAACCCUUCGAGCAUAUUCCGCUGAAGCAAAUUAAAAGCUGAAAGCUACAUCUAGCUUCCAUUCAAUGAUAUACAUCAUCAAUUAGCUUGGAAGAAGAUAACUUUCAAGAGGUUGAUUGAAGUCGCUAACUUGCAGGGAAGUGAUGAUAGAACUUAUUCUUCUAAGCUUCUUUAGAACAAGACCUCUACAAGAUUCCAAGCUUAAUAAAUCUCCAUUUAAUCCCUGUCAAAUCACACACCGAUACAAUAACUUUGCCUGGACCUGAACUGAAGCAAUUAAACCUGUGUAAAAAUUGAAGUCUCAGUCUCAGUCUCAGUCUCACACACUGACUGUGAAUAAUGCACCAGGAUAUUAUUUCUCUGGCUUUAAAAUGUGUGCUCAGCCCUUGAAUACUGUGCACCGACGGCAGUAAUGGCGGCAAUGGAAUGAAUGGUUUCCUUCCCUUGUGCUGUGAUGAAUUUAGCCGAGACAGGAGAAAGGUUGAAGAAGAAGAAGAAGAGCCCGCGAGGGCCCAACAAUUUGAUACGUGUAAGGAUAUGAUUCCCGGGCAAAAAGUAGCCACAUCACAUGGGAUUGCUCUUUAAAUACGCACCCUUUUCCGGAAGAGCGCCAUGGCCUCCACCACCAGGGCUGCAUGCCUCGACCUUGGAUUUUGAUAUGCUGCUUUCGUGGAGAGCGAUCGAGGGAGGGGAAAGGCGCGAUCUUGAUGGGUUUUCUCUGAUCAAUUUUGGAUUUUUAAGAUUCAAGUUCGACCUUUUUCGUUCUUUUUUGGGUCAAGCCGAUUGAGGGUUUAACUGAGAUCAACUGGGAUCGAGCGAGUACGCAGGGUUCUGUUCUGGCUCCAACAAUCGAUUUCCUAAAAAGUGUUCCUUUGAUCUGAAAAGAUUGAAGGAAGUGGCGUACUGUGAACAAUCUGUUCGUGUUUUUCGUCGUCUUGUUUAAAUUUCCAAUCUUUUUGAUCGUUCAAAGUUGCGCAGCAGCGGA